AUGAUCGGUGCGCAUCGCUCAGACGACAAGAGGCGUCCUACCGCCCUCAACCUCACUCCCGCCCGGUCCGCGACGGCCGUCUCGACGGACUCGGACUCGUCCUCCCUCAAGGCCCCGCGCACGCCGCGCUUCGCCGAGGCCACCUCGGUGCACUCGCCCGUCGACCAUGCCGGCGCCCACGGCCGCUCGCCCUUUGACGACCCGGAGAAGCAGCACGAGGUCCAGGCCGUCGGCUUCGGCUACAUCGGCCACGGCGGCGACGACGACGAGGCCGGCGCCGGCGCCGCACCCAAGUCACCCCUCAAGAGCGCCAUGAAGGUGCCCGGCACGCCCGGCCGUCACCUCGCCGCCAACCCCCUCAGCCCGACCUUUCGCGAGGAGGAGAUGCUGGAGAAGCGCGAGGCCUCGACCGAUGCCGAGCAGGCCCGCGAUCUCAAAAUCAAAACCCGCGUCCGCCUCGCCAAGUUUGCCCUCCGCGGCGUCAACUUUAGCUGCUCCCUCAUCAUCCUCGCCAUGAUCUCCUCCUCCUUCGCCAUCUUCAACAGCACCAAGCAGCUGCCCACCCAGAGCAAGAUGCCCUCCUGGGCGCAAAACACAAAGACCUGGCCGCAGAAGCUCGUCCUCGCCAUGUCCUGCGUCUCCCUCGGCGCCUGCGUCCUCGUCUUCCUCGCCUACUGCCGCGGCGGCCACCGCCGCGCCGAGCGCAUCGGCACCUACUACACCAUGUUCGCCAUCGGUUGGUUUCUUGUCUCCCUGGUGCUCUGGGUGGUCACCGCCGCGCUCUUCCAAAACUCCAAGAACAACUCGGGCAACAAGGACAUGUGGGGGUGGAGCUGCGUGGACAACCAGCGCGCCCACGUCUUCCACGACAAGGUCGACUACGCGCUCGUCUGCCGCCUGCAGAACUGGAGCCUCAUCUGCAUGAUCAUCGAGAUCGUCGUCGAGGUCAUCUGCAUCACCCUCUACUCGGUCGUCUUCUACCGGUACUACACGAAGCGCCGCCUGACCAAGUCGAUGGACAUGCGCGACCGCGCCAGGUCGGACCUCUACCUCGCCCAGCUGCGCUCCAUGUCCGCGCCCAACACGCCCGGCUUCGUCUCUGGCGGUCCCAAGUCGCCGGCCGCUUUCAGCACGUACGCCAUGUCCCCGCGCCACCCGCCCGCCGCGUACCAGAACAUGGGCGCCGGCCCCGUCCCGGAGGCGAGCCCGUUCACGCCCGGCGGCCAGAACGUGGUCGUCCCGGACUCGCAGUUCGGCAGCCCCUCGCCCGGCUUCAAGCUGCAGCGGCCGCCCGCCAAGGCGCCCUCCGCGACCCCCAAGCUCGGCGGCGGCGCCUUCACCCCGACGUCCGCGACGCCGCCCCCGGCUCCGGACUUUGCACAGCCCCUGCCGCAGCAGCUCGCGCCCCAAGCGGCCAACGAGCCGGUCUACGACGCCGUUCCCAUCCCGGGAGCGUACGCGGACCAGGCCGUCAAGAGUCCACCCGCCGACCAGGCGCACUUCCGUCACGCUUAG